UACAUGUUUGUUUUAUUGGACUUUGACCGUAUCGCUCUGUAGAGAUACAGCAGAACUCCAGGAUGCUUCGCCUGAAUUAUGAACCGUUCCCUAAACUUCAGCUCAGUUACAUCAGUUCUUUGGUUUUGAUCCUCUUUCUACUGACCCACUCCAGCAGAGGCCAGUCUCAGGACGCUGGACCAUCUCAGACAAUAGUGACUUUAGUUGGUAAAGACGUUACAUUGCCGUGCCACUUGGACCCCCCCCUGGACAUUGCUUCCAAGAGUCUGGAGUGGGGGAGACUUGACCUGGAUCCCCGGUUCGUCCAUGUGUGGCACCAGGGUCAGAACAUUGUGGUUAACCAGAACCCGUCUUACAAAGGACGGACGUCUGUGUCCACUGAGAAACUGAAGCAUGGAGACCUCUCACUGGAACUCUCUGAGGUCAAACACUCUGAUAAUGGAAUAUAUAGAUGCUACGUUCCCUCACAAGAUAAAGAAUCUACUGUUCAGCUUGUUGUUGGUUCUGUCUCCUCACCCGUCAUGGCUGACUUGCACUUAAACAGCAGCAGUGUGGUGUUACAGUGUGAGUCUGCUGGCUGGUAUCCAGAGCCUGAGGUGUUGUGGCUGGACGGUGAGGGAAAGCUCCUCUCUGCUGGACCUACAGAGACAGUCAGAGGUCCUGAUGACCUCUAUACUGUCAGCAGCAGAGUGACUGUGGAGAAGAGACACAGCAACAGCUUCACCUGUAGAGUCCACCAGAAGGACACCAACCACACCACAGAGACACACAUUCAGAUUUCAGCUGAUUGCUUUGAGGCUACAACUUCCUCUGCUGCUCGUGUCAGUGUUCUUGUGGUUGCUUUCCUCAUUUUCAUCCUUGCAGCAGCUUUUGUCGUGUGGAAAUGGAGACGAAACCAAACUAAAGAGACAAAGAUUCCCCAUCAGGCUGAACCUGGACAGAGAGAGAGAGAGCAGCUCAUAGCAGACAGCAAGGAACUGGAGGAUUUGAAGGAAAAACAUGCAAAACUUGAGCAGGCAGUUAAAACACUGAUGGAGGAACAGAAGGAGGAACUGCAAGAGCAGAGAAACAAAAUCAAUCAACAAAAGGAGAGCAUGGAAAAAAAUAUUAAAGAUAUUGAGUAUAAGGUUGAGUCAGUGGAAAAGAUGGAAGAGAGUGAAAGGUACAUGAAACUAAGAGAUAUUAUUUUAACUGCUAAAAAACACCUAGUGCAUAGAAAACAAGGUGAUGAAGACCUUGACAUGUCAGCAUCUAAAGUACUGACUAAAACAAACAGUUUAUUAAAUGAGCUUAAUAAUGACAAGGAGAAAACCGAUGAACAAAUGGAGAUAAAGAAACAAAAAGACGAUUCAGAUCAAAUAGAGGAAACUUGAGCCAUGAAGAUUGUAAAUAGACAAGAUCUGUGUCUAGCAAAUCAUUUGCAUGUUAUACAGAAAUUACUUCUAACUGUCAAUACAGAUCCUCAAAUUACGACCCUCAAAAACGACAAUAUUAUUUACUAAUUUAUUAAUUUAUUUACUGUUUAAACUCUUUUAGAACGCCUAACCAGGAAGUUUUUUAAACCUAGUUCAGUGGUUUUGUAGCCUAAAUUCACAGAAACUGCACCUAUUUUAUAACCGUUAACCGUACGUGUAUGUAUAAUAAUGUGAGCUAUUUUUAGAACGCUCCGCCCUGUACCGUGAGCAACCAGACGCUCAUAGGAGUCUAUGGGUGGUGCUGACAAACGGUCUGUUCUGUCAUUUAGGUUGGAGAUCUUAUUGAAAAUGACAUACUGAACUGAAAAUAUCAAUUGUGAUUUAUAAUGUAUCAUUUUUGUGAUUAUUGUUGCCAAAAGUGAAGUGAUUUUUUUUCUCCCUGAAUCCCCAUUGUAGGUGUGACUGUAUAUAUGUAUAUAAUCUGCAUGUAAACUGUUGUUUGGGGUUUUCUACAACACUUCACACAGAUAACUAUCGUCUGCUUUAAAUGUAUUGUAACAUUUAGUAUUUUGGUGUGAAUAUAUAAAACAGUUCAGCUGUUUAUUCCUUGUGUUCAUUUUUUCUUGCUGAAUAUCCAGAAAAGAUAGAAAUUAAUGAAGGUUGAGGCUUUUAUUUUGAUGUGGUAGUAUUGGAAUUAACAACAUUAUUAAUUCAUUUCAAUUGAAGCGACCAUUUGUUUACACUAUUUUUCCUCAGAUUCACACAUACCUAGUUUAUGCUGAGCUUAUGAAUACAUGCAGUGCAGAAUUACAAGAAUGCAUCCUAACAAUCAUUUUACUGGUUAGUACAGUGGAUCUUACACACACAGAGCCUGUAAAUAUGUAUUUUGAUUUUCAUUUAGAAAAGUUGUAGUUGUGAUUGAAAGUUGUGAUUUUGUUUUCUUUUUUCAUUCUGCAACAAAUGUCUCCAGAUUGAAAUGGUGAUUUGGGAAAUAUAUGUACAAAAUGGUACACAGACAUUUUUUUUUUAACAUAAUAAAAGUAUUUUGUUGUUAUUAUUUCUCUUGAAUUCUGCAUGGAUUCAUCAUUUUUGGCCUGUUAGAGAUCAAACUGUAUCAAUGACUAGUAUAUGAGGAAUAAUGAAUGAGGAGCUGAUUACUGAAAUGGUGCCAAUAUGCCAAUAGAUCCACGACUGUUUGGAGCCUCGUGCAUUUUGUAGAAACUCUGGACUUGCCAUUCUCCCUCCGUCCACCAGGUGAUCUCAGACUUCCCCUCCUUUUCCUGUCACCUGACCUUUUCAUGUUUCCUCCUGCCCUAAGCAGUCCUGCAGUCCUUCAGCCUGAAACUACCUGAUCUGUUCAGAUUCACCUGUUCCUGACCUGUAAGCUUAAUAUGUUAAAAGUACUAAUACCACACUGUGAAAUGACUCCACUACAAGUAAAAGUCCUGCAUUCAAAACGUACUGAAGUAACAGUACAAAAGUAUCAAAAUGUACUUAAAGUAUCAAAAGUAAAAGUACUCAUUCUGCAGAAUGGACGCACUCAUUAUUAUUUGUAUUGAUGCAUUUAUGUAAGCAGUGUUUUAAUUUUGCAAGGAAAGGGCUCAAUUAAGUUAAGUUAUUGAGUUGGUAUAAAAUGUCUAAUUACUUUAAAUCUGUCAUGUUUU